UGAACUCAGAAACUGAUCUAAUAUUCUGUCGAGCCGGGAGCGAGGCGAGGAGGGCAAGAGAAACAUGGCUGCUAAAAGCUUCGGCAGUGCCAGUGUCGAAGGAAGCGCGAAGGCAACGGUGGAGGAUCAGAUCUGCCAGGCGGUUCAAUCCACUUCGAAUCUUCUACGCCUCAUGGAAGAAUCUUCCCCUUCGCAGGAACACCUAUUGAAGCUUCCUAAGAAUCUCCUGGCCAAAGUUCCCGCUGUUAAGAAUACCGGACAGGUAUUGGAGCAGUUACCACGGCUUAUUUCUUCCUUAGAUGCUUACAUGGAAAGCAGUUUACAAAAUGUUCCUCAUCUGAAGACCGUCAGUCAAUUGCUAUCAAACUUGGAGAGCUCUCAGCUUAAAUAUGUUUUCCCCGCUCAUCAACUUGCAGAGGAUCUCAAAGAAACAGCUGCAGUAGAUGUGGAUGAAAAUAUGUAAUUCUGAUAUUGCUUCCUCGGGUGACUUGGUUGCACAUGGCAAAAUGACCUUGGGCUGUUUUGAGUACAGUUAGAAAAUAUCAUCAUCUAAGGUUUUCAAAACAAUUUUUCAUGGAGGCCACUUCACCGGCUUUGUUUGCAAAUUAGCAGUUAAGAAAGGUGAUAAAUAGAAAGAUAAGUGGUUGCAACAACUCUCAAGGGUUUGUUUUGAAUGGCUUUGGCUUUUUUGUAAAAGUAGUUGUUAAGUUGUGGUGGAGAAAACUUCUUAGAAAACUGCGUUGGGAAAUUUAAAUAU